AUGACUUCGACUGCGUUGCCUUCCGAGGCAGUCCUUCGCCGCAUGAUGUCCAGCGAUUCCACGCCAGUCUCGUCUGCCAACAUCUCUCCUCUCGACAGCCCCCGGUCCUCGCCCUCGUCGACCUCAUUGUCCUCUCUGGCCUCCGAGGACGCCGCUCCAAAAGAAAAGCAGGCGCCCGAAAAAAAGCAGCUGGUGGACAGCUAUGGCAAUCCAUUUGAGAUUCCAGACUACACCAUCGGUGACAUCCACAGAGCCAUUCCCAAGCACUGCUUCGAGCGUUCAGCCGUCACCGGGCUGUACUAUGUGGCCCGAGAUGUAGCCUGUCUGGCCACCACCUUCUACCUCUUCAACCGCUUCGUCACUCCGGAAUACAUUCCUUCCACCGCCGUCCGAGGUGCACUGUGGUUCUUGUACACCGUGAUCCAGGGUCUGUUCGGUACCGGAGUCUGGGUGCUGGCCCAUGAGUGUGGCCAUCAGUCCUUCUCGACCAGCAAGGUGUUGAACGAUACCGUGGGCUGGAUCUGCCACUCGGCUCUGCUGGUGCCGUAUUUCUCGUGGAAAAUCUCUCAUGGCAAACACCACAAGGCGACCGGGCAUUUGGAACGUGACAUGGUCUUUGUCCCACCGACCAAGGAGGAGUAUGCUUCCAAGAGGGGAUAUCUGCUCCAUCAGAUUGACGAGCUGACUGAGGAGACUCCCAUUGCCACUGCGUACCAUCUGAUCAGUCAACAACUGGGAGGCUGGCCUAUGUAUCUGUUGACCAAUGUCACCGGCCACAACAAGCACCAAGGUCAGCGUGAAGGCCGUGGUAUCGGAAAGCACAACGGCUUCGGCGGUGGUGUGAACCACUUUAACCCAUCCAGCCCACUGUACGAGCAGAAGGAUGCCAAGUUGAUUGUGCUCAGUGACCUUGGUCUUUUGAUUAUGGGCAGCAUUCUCUUCUGGGUUGGCAAGACGUACGGCUUUGCCAAUUUGUUUGUGUGGUAUCUGGCACCAUAUCUGUGGGUGAACCACUGGUUGGUGGCGAUCACCUUCUUGCAACACACCGACCCAUCGUUGCCCCAUUACACUCCCACCACCUGGACCUACACUCGAGGCGCAGCCGCAACGAUUGACCGCGAGUUCGGCUUCAUUGGACGGCAGUUGUUCCACGGAAUCAUCGAAACCCAUGUCCUCCACCACUAUGUCAGCACCAUUCCCUUUUACCACGCGGACGAAGCCAGCGAAGCCAUCAAGAAGGUCAUGGGUCGGCACUAUCGCAGCGAUACCGAGGGCGGUGCGAUUGGCUUCCUGAAGAGCAUGUGGAAAUCCAUGCGGAUGUGCCAGUGGGUUGAACCCAUUGAAGGCACCACCGGCGAGGAAGCCGGUGUCAUGUUCUUCCGCAACCGCAACGGCCUGGGAGUGCCACCGGCGAAAUCGCCAAAGCCUGCUGCGUCCUAG